GAGGUGAAGAAGACUGAAGAACUGUUCGUUCCAGCGAGACGAAUUUUCGGUUCAGUGGGCCAGCCUAGAGAGUGGCGCGGACACAAAACCGUCAGCCCGUAGCCGCUGCUACCGACCACUUUCCCGGCCGGGGAGAGGUGGACAGCCAGUCAUCAAGAGUGCUGCAGUCGCGCGCGGUGAACACGGUGGCAGAACGAAGAAAAUUACCCGUUUUAUGACUGGAGGAAAAAAAACAAGCAGGGAGCAAAAUCCCCCCAUCGUGGCGUCCACGGCACGGCCAACAGGCGCACAUCACACGGCACACGGUGAAACUUUCUCCCAGUCGCUCGCCAGUCUUGUGAUACGUUGGACACGGUUGCAGCAGAGGGUUUGUUUACCUGUGUACCGUACUGCUUAAUGUGUCUGGCGGUAAAGUGGUGUGGCAAUCAGUGGCAAGAAAGCAGACACCGUUGCUGCGGACUCUCGAUUAGCCUCGCUUGAAACAAAACGUAAUCCGGAGCGGCGGAUGGAGCAGAUUUAAAGUAGCGAGAAGCCUAAGCUAUUCUCAAUCCAAUCACGCAACGGAAAGUAUUUUGCACAAUAGACCGUCCGGAGACCGACCUGCAGUGGAUAAUGUGCGUGGGCAUUAUUUGAUUUGCAAAACCGUCCCCAAAAAAAAUCCCGAGCCAAUUGUUGCCGAUCGCGCUGUGACCUAGAACACAUCCGCCCAAAGGACAGUAUUGGACACUCAUCAGCCAUGGCCAGCAGUGAGUCGGCAGGAAGCUCGUCCGUAAUACGCAAAGGUGGCGCUGAACGCGUACAUCGAGCGGGGCAUCCGGCUGCGCCAGGAGCGAGCCCUCGAGCAAUGGACGCACACACGCAUGGACGCGCUGGACAGCAGCAGCAGUCAGCCGCCGCUCGGCCCGCAGCUCUCUAGUGCCAUAUCGCGCUGGAUCCUGUACGGUACUGUCGUGCCGAGCGUCCACGUCACGCCCAACGGCACGCACCGGCAUCAUCAUCAUCAUCAGUACGCGACCCACUCGGUCGCCUCCCACUAUCACCGUCCGCUCGUGCGCAAACCAUCGUACCGGCGCAAAAUGUCGUCCACCGAAAGCGGCGCCAGUGGUAGCAGCAGCCCCACGACCAGCCCCAAAGUGUCCUCCUCCCCGGUGCAGCAACAUCGCCGUCGGACGGCGGCGGCAGCACCCUCACCGCAACAGUCCCGGCGCCGCACGGGUCGGGAUCUGCAGCGUACCGCCACCGCCAACUCGUCACAUUCCUCGGCCGGGUCCAUUACCUCCAUACUGUCCAGCCUGUCGUCGGCGAACAGUGGUGGAAGCCAGCAACAGCGCAAACAACGUCGCAUCAAGCGACGAACCGCCCGCAAGUCGGCAACGGCGGAAGCGAAAGGGGCCCGACCCAGCGCACGGAGCAGCAAAAGCAACCGCAGCAGCAGCAGCAGCAACAACAAAGCCAACACCGACACGCGGUGGACCGACGAAAGCCGGUCAGAAUCGUCGGAACAUUCCAUUGAGGGGCCAGUGUCGAUGCCCUGGUUCGGCAUGGACAUUGGCGGCACCCUCACGAAGCUGGUGUACUUCGAGCCGAAGGACAUCACGCCGGGCGAGCUGGAUCAGGAGGCACGCAUCCUGCGCAACAUUCGGCGUUACCUGACGAAAAACUCGGCCUACGGCAAGACCGGCCACCGGGACAGCCACCUGCAGAUGGACGACGUGGUGAUACGCGGCCGGCGCGGCUCGCUCCACUUCAUCCGCUUCCCAACGUCGGAGAUGCUCAGCUUCCUGAAGCUCGCCAAAUCGAAGGGCAUGGCCCAGCUGGUGACGACCGUCUGCGCGACCGGUGGCGGCGCGUUCAAGUUCGAGGAAGACUUCCGGCAGCACGUCAACAUGAAGCUGGCCAAGUUCGACGAGCUGGAUGCGCUGAUCAAGGGCAUCCUCUUCACGGAAACGCACAACAAAUGUGAAUGCUACUUUUGGGAGAAUGCCAACGAAAUUAGUAGUACGAAGAAAAAGUUCGACUUUAGCCAACCGUACCCGUUUAUACUGGUGAACGUCGGGUCGGGCGUCUCGGUGCUGGCGGUGCGCGGCCCGGACAACUACAAGCGCAUCUCCGGCACGAGCCUCGGCGGCGGUACAUUCCUGGGCCUGUGCUGUCUGCUCACCGGCUGUGAAACGUUCGAGGAAGCAAUACAGUUAGCGACGAAGGGCGAUCAUAAGAAGGUGGACAAGCUAGUGAAAGACAUUUACGGUGGCGACUACGAGCGGUUCGGGCUGCCCGGCGAGCUGGUCGCGUCAAGCUUCGGACAGAUGCAUCUACAGGAAAGGCGGCAAAGCGUUAGCAAGGAAGAUCUAGCCCACGCCAUCCUUGUGACGAUCACCAACAACAUUGGUUCGAUCGCGCGCAUGUGCGCGAGCAAUGAGAAGAUCGAGAAGGUGGUGUUUGUGGGCAACUUUCUGCGCGUGAACCCAAUAUCGAUGAAGCUGCUCGCGUACGCGAUGGACUACUGGUCGAAGGGAACGCUCAAAGCGCUGUUCCUCGAGCACGAGGGCUACUUCGGUGCAGUCGGGUGCCUUUUGCAGUUCAACGGUGAGCUGCACGCACAAGUCGGUGAUUUACUUACUUAGACUAGUAGAUAGGAAGGUAACGAAACAGUGAUGGGAAGACGCGAGAGAACAGGGCAAUAGGCGCCGGCGGAGAUGCCUUUCUCUCGUGUUUGUUUUACUACGCGCUAAAUUAGCUUGUUCGUUUUGAUCUAGUUCUUGUAAAAAGAGAGAGAGAGAGAGAGCGCGAGAGAGAUCUUCUACACAAUUGAGUGAUAGCUUUUGAAGCUUCUGAAUCGAUUCAUUUUCAUCAUCCUAACCUGCAAAAAGAUUAGGCAAAAUCAGCUCACUCGCUCUCCCGUAAGGUUCUAGGUGUGACCUAAAAGCGGAGUAGCCAACAGAAAACAAGGAAAAACACAUUCACUCAUGCGAAAAUUAGUGAGGCGAUGAGCAAAAAAAACCCGCAAACAAUCAGCCCCUUUUGCCGUCAGUCCAAUCAUAGCGUAACGUAAUUUAACUUUGCCAAAUCAUGUCCCCGUAUCCCCGCUGGGUCCGGCACAUUGAUAGGCAAGGCGCGCGGCCCAUGACGAUCUUUCGACGAAACUUAUUCAACAUAUUUACAACGAGUGAGAUUCAUUAGACACAGGGAGCGCACAGGCGGAAGCUCUUUACUGCAGGCAGGCAGCAGCACGUGGCAAACACACACACACACACACAAAACAACGGAACCAGGAUAAGUACGAGCUAAGGUAGUAGGCGCGUAAGGCAGCGACACUUUGCACCGGGUUGAGGAAGCUAAGUGUAAGUUUAAGACAAUGUUAAGUCGCUGUGGGCUAUAAAACGAGAGACAGAGAGAGAGAGAGAGAGAGAGAAAGAGAAAAUGAGCGGCGUUGGUGGGGGAAUAGCUGGUGCUCAUUUGCAGUGAUCGCGCGAGAUCAUCGCGUGUUCGGCAGAUCGGUAGGGGUAGUAAUGGGUAAAUGUUAUUAAUUAUUAUUAGUUUUAUGGUUAUUAUUAUUAAUUUUAUUUUAGAUUGUUAGUAAGAAGCAAGCGCGUUGAGGGCAAACGAUUGGCAACUGUCUUUUUUUGAGUUCAAAACUCGACCGUGUAUCCCAUUCUGGUUCAUAUGAAAAAACCGAAGACGGUUAAACCCGAAAGCGACGCAAAAAUGUAGGGAUUUUAUUUGAUCCUGCCUCCUCAGACUGCGCGAGAAGUGCGAGGUGAAGUGUUUUAAAACCGAAAAUCGAAAUUCAAUCCAAUGGCCAAUCACUAGCUCUGCUAAUUUUUACACCCAAACACUCAAUCUUACAAAUACAACAAAAAAAACGAACGUAUCAAAAAAAGGAAGGAAGUUGCGCAUUGCGGUGGGCAGCUCAAUCUCUUCAUACGCCUAACACGCGCGCCUCAAAUGUUGCAGCAUCAUCCGCCCAUGCCGAACCGAAGGAAUGAAUGGAGUGAAAAACACUAGCAAAAUGGUGUUAACAGUGGUACAGCGGUAGAGAGAGAGAGAUAGAAGCCGAUAGAGGCAAAAGGUUUAGCGCGCGUUUAAGCACAAGCGGAAUGGAUUAAAAGUACGGCAUGCAGGUGACAACAAGAAAAGGGGGACAUGCGUGACGGAGGCAACGGGAUGUUGAAAUCACUUUAAACAUAGAAAAGCAAAAGACAGCUUUGAUCACGUUCGAUCACUGCUAAACAAUUUUCCACUAUUGCUUUAUACAGUUAAUAAAAACCAAAUGGAAUAUAUACAUAUAUACAGCGCACACAAGAAGA